AUGACAACGCAGAGCGAGUGGUGGAAAACGAAAUCCUUACUACCAUUUUCGACACCCAUCACAAUUUUGAUUUGUGGUAGUACACAAAGCGGAAAGACACAUUUCACUAAACGAUUCUUGCAAAAUGCAGAUGGCAUGUUUUCCACUUCUGUAGAUAAAAUCAUCUAUGCUUAUUCUGAAUAUCAACCCAUGUUUGACGAAAUGAUGGCAGACAUACCGAGACUCAUUCUUCAUCAAGGAUUACCCUCCAAGGAAGAUAUAGAGCAGUAUACAGAGGGUGUAAACCACACGAUAGUGAAUUACCGUGAUUCCCGCCAGAUCAUCACCUUCGGGUCACAAAUAUUACCUGGAUGUGUACCAUUUUUCAAAGCAGCAUACGAACCUGCAACACGUCCAAAUUUUGGUUAUUUGCAUGUGUGUUUAGAACCUACCCAGAACAAAGAGUACCAACUGCGAUCUCACAUCUUGCCUGGAGAGGACAUGACAGAAAUGGCGAGAGAAGUGAUACUAGUGCCUAAAUUAAAAUACGAACAUCUCCUUAAAAAAAUCGAGGAUAAAGAGCCUGUUAAACCAGACACCGUGAAUGACGACAAGGAUCGAAAACAAAUGUCUGAAAAGACUUUAACCGAUACAACGAUGAGUGAAUCAAUCAAUGACACCUCAAAGACCGGGACUUGUUACAAAACUGGAUCUGAAGAGGGAGUCUCAUCUAAUAAUGUGGAGCAUUUCCCUGUUGAUAUAGAGGCUGAUGGAAGAAGAAUUAAAGUUCUUUUCCAAGGUGGAGGAGAUACCACAGAUCAAAUAGCGACCCCAAACAGGCCUCCAUGUUAUACUAGUGACCUCACAACUGAUCAAGCUGAUGUCAUACAGCUUCAGGUAGAAAACUACGCAAACCAACGGACCAACUGUGCAACUCAAACAGAUGCUGUUGUUGUCCUAACCAGUGAUAAAGACAUUAAAGCUGCAAAUGCCAGGACAAAUGUUUCCCUGACGAGGUCCAAAAUGGAAGUGUGGUCCACUCCCUCUGUAAAGGAAGAUUGCUGGGAAAAGUUGGACCUUAUUCAGCUGACCCAGGUGGAGACCAACAACAAGCUGAGCAGACUUCUUGAACUUUUUGAGCAUCCUCCACAAGACGUUAGUGGGCUCAGUGACUACUUAAAACAACUGACAACUCCAUGCCCUGGCUCAAGAUGCCCUCCUAGUAUAACAGCAGAGAGAUGUGCCAAUGAAACACAGAAGCAGAAAAGAAAGCCUCUCAGUGCAAUUGAGUUGUUUGAAAAAGAGAACUGUCAGCCAUGUGAAGGACCCCCUACUCCAGAUGAGUUGUUUUCAGACAGGCCUGUUGAGGAGGAUGUUGAGGUUGAGAGGGAUGAAGAAAACAAGGAAAAUGAGGAGGACAAGGAAAAUGAGAGAAAUCGUGUGGAUGUUGUGCCUCUCUCUGUAGGAAUUUCUACCACAGAUGUAGCUCCAGCAUAUACAUCGGUUAACAACACCAUAGUGCUGAAUUGUCCAUCAAAUGUAACAAUCAUUGAUGUGAGUUCACCAAAGGACAUUGUGCCUGGAAACUGUGAGUUUGUUGUGAACAAAGAACUUCAGCAGACAGCUAGAAGUUCAGCUUGUUCAGCUGGGAAUUUCCUGUGGACCAUGACAAAGGUUCUUUUCAACGAGGAGGAGUUGGCUCGAAACAUAAAUUUUUCCGGGCGAAAAGGAAAAGAAAAGAUGUCUCCUAGGAGAAGACACAGCCUUGUCCAUCUCUAUGUGGAGAACUACGACAGGAGAACAGAUGGUCUGAUGAAGGCAAUAAAUUCGGUUAACAACGGGUUGCUGCAGAAGAAGAAGAAGUAA